CUGCCCAGUUUCCUUGGUCCUUGGCUGGAUCCCAGAUAUACAAUUCUUGCUUCCAUUCUCCUCCUCCGUCCUCCCGCAUACCUCCCUCAAGCCCGCUCUCAAGAACACCCAUCAUGGCCUCCACCAAAACCCGUCCUCAACCCGCCGAAAUCGACCUCAUCCCCUACGACGCCCCUCUCUCCAUCCCCGAACCCACAAAAGCAUGGCUGAACUCGCACGGCGGCAGUCUCCGCUCCGAAUACCGCAACACUCUCCCCGAAACCACCGUUCCCGGCUGUGACCUGACGAACAAAUGGAUCAUCAUCUCCGGCUCCAACAACGGCAUCGGUCGUGACGCCGCCUUGUCCUUCGCAAAGUGGGGAGCGAACUUGAUCCUUGCGUGCCGAGAUCCACCACCGCAUGAGACGCAUCCUACUGCUGUCGUCGAGGAGUGUCUGAAAGUCGCUAAGGAGGCGGGCCAUGUUUCGGAGAUUGAGUGGUGGGAGUUGGAUAAUGCUGAUUUGAAGAGUGUGGAGAGCUUCGCGAAGAGAUGGCUGGACACCGGGAGAGGACUUGACAUCCUUUGCAACAACGCAGGCAUGGGAGGCAGCCCCGGAGGAAGCGAUGCGUUCCUCACCAAAGACGGAUUCGAGAUUGUCCACCAGGUCAACUUUCUUGCGCAUGUGUUGUUAACGUUGAGCUUGCUCCCCAGUCUGGCGAAGACAAAGGACCCGAGAAUUGUGUGCACGACUUCCUGCUUCCACUAUUUGGGAAAGUACAACAUUGCCAACUUCAACGGAGGAAAAGGAAUGGGCGGUCUAGACGGAGUCCAAUACUACCAAAACAACAAACUCUACUUCCAAAUCUGGCUCACCGAACUCCAACACCGCCUGGACACCCACCCGGAGUACGCCCACAUCACCAUCAACGGCGUGCACCCGGGCUACGUCAACUCGGGCAUCUGGAAACUCACGGGCGAAGGCCUCGUGCACACGAUCAAGCAAUUCGCCGUCAACGUCGCCGCCAGCUACAUCGGCAUCGACACCCAGCAAGGGUCGCUGUGCAUCACCCACGCGGCGACGAAUGAAGAGUGCUGGAGGAAGGGGGGCAGGUAUUUCAAUCGGGUGUAUGAGACGGAGAGUAUGCCGCAUUGUAGGGAUCGGGAUGCGAGAUUGAGGGUGUGGAGGAAGGUGGAUGAGGAGUUGAGGUUGAGGGAUAAAGGACUGCUGGAUGUGGUGGGGUUGUGGAGUACGGAGUAGAGAGGAGAGGAGGUGAGGUGAGGUGAGGUGCGGAUAAGGGAUGGUGCGACGGACAGGGGAGGGGUGGGUUAGUGUGAGGUUUCGCUCGGACGGGUGCAGGGGUGGUGGGACUGGGUGGCCCUGUUUAGUUUGCUUUUGGCAUGUGAUUGCUUGGCGUUGAUGGGAUGGAGGGAUGAAGGGAGCACAGAUACCUCGUAUUGUUUGGAUGAUUUGGGCAACAAUAGACAGGAUGGACGACAACAGCGUAUUGC